GGUGAAGAGGCCGGACCCAGGAUCUAGAAAGCCUGUCCCUUGGAAUGGACUUUAUUGCUGGAAUUUGAGCAGUGCAUUGCUGCUAACCUGUGAAUGGUCUACUCUGUGAGCCCUUUGACCGAGCUCACUGGGAUGCAAUGUCCUUCCAGAAGAUACUGUCCGAAAGGAUCGCUGAAGCCCGGCAACUGCUGGAGAGGGCGGAGGCGCUGUCCCGCACCCGUCUGGGUGGGGUUCAGGGCGGUCCUAAGCUCUGUAGCAAACUGAAGGCUGAGUUGAAGUUCUUACGCAAAGUCGAAGCGGGCAAGGUUUCAGUGAAGGAGUCCCACCUGCAGAGCACAAACCUGACCCACCUGAAGGCAGUUAUCGAGUCGGCAGAGAGCCUGGACGAUGUGGUGAGCCUGCUGCACGUUUUCAACUAUCAGGAACAGUCCGGUGAAAAGCAGUCUAUUGUGGUGGAUGUCGUUGCAAACGGUGGCCUCACCUGGGUCAAAGCCAUUGGCCGGAAAGCUGAGGCUCUGCACAGUAUCUGGGUGGGGCGAGGCCAGUAUGGAGACAAAAGUAUUGUUGAGCAAGCAGAAGAUUACUUGGAAGCAAGCAAGCAGCAGCUGGUGCAGUACAGUAAUCCACACAUUGUGUUUGCCUUUUAUAAUGGCAUCUCUAGCCCAAUGGCUGAGAGACUGAAAGAAAUGGGGCUCUCAGUACGUGGAGAUAUUGUAGCUGUGAACUCGAUGAUUGAUCUAAUGGAGGAGGCUGAUCAUUCAGCUGACUCUGAUGAAGAAUUGGAGGAACCUCUACAAGUGACAAAAGUAGACCGAUCUACAAUUGUUGCCAGUGUUGCCUUUCCGGCUGAGGUAAAAGUGGAUUUUUGCAAUCGUGUCAAUUUAGACAUAACCACCCUGAUCACCUUUGUAUCGGCAGUAAGCCAUGGAGGCUGCUGCUUCAUCUUUAAGGAGAAAGUAUUGACAGAGCAAGCUUCACAGGAAAGGGAAGAGAGUGUCUUGCCCAAGCUGCAAGCCUUCAUGAAGAACAAAGAAUUGUUUGCGUGUGAAUCAGCUGUGAAAGAUUUUCAAGCCAUUUUAGAGACACUAGGCGGCCCUGGAGAAAAGGCCCGGGCACAGAAGCUUUUGCAGGAAAUUAAAGUUGUACCAGACCAGCCUUCCGAACGGGCAUCCAGGUUGGAAGCCAGUGCAAAAAUUAACAGUCGCUCUAUUACUAUCUUUGGCACUGGAGAUGCUUUGAAGGCAAUCACAAUGACAGCGAACAGUGGGUUUGUUCGUGCUGCAGAUAACCAAGGUGUGAAAUUCAGUGUGUUUAUCCAUCAACCAAGAGCUUUAACAGAGAGCAAGGAAGCAACAGCAACACCUUUACCUGGGACUGUCUUUCAUGAGAAAGUCUGCAAUAGUGGUUUUGUAAGAUGAAGUAACAUCUUGCAAAUGAUGCUAUGAUAUCUUAAGAACUUUGUGGGUCUGUUUAACUUGCACAUUGGUAUAGAAUACAGUUUAUCAGCUCUUGCAUUGAUAUCAAAUCUUGUAUAACAGACAGCUAAUUAGAUAUUGCAGGUUUUUUUCCACCAUCUCACUUUUCCUCCCCACUGUCUCUCUCGUGGCUAUAUCAACUACAAAGCAUCCAUUUAAAAAGUAUUCAGGCUGAUAGGUAACAGGCUUCAUGGCAGUCCUUGCCAUUGAGUCUACUUUGCUAUGUUAGGCCAAGAGUUGCAAUGGAAAUUAGCAGUCAAUUAAUAGGAAUAAAAUCAAUUCUUCAUCCUCUAGAGUGGAAAAACAACUCUAUCAUGGCCUGUGGUGCAAUUCUGAAACAUUGUGAAUACAGCACAGUUCGCAAACCCUUUGGUGAUGGUUCACAGAAGUACAAAUUAUUUUGUUAAUUUGCAAUAUUUAAAAAAUGUAUGCAAGCAAAUGGCUGUAAUUGUGAAUUGUUUUCUGUUGAAAGGCCAGCACCUGUUGAGUUCAACAGAAUGUUGAGCUCGGUGGAAUGCAAGCCCAAACUGCUUGGGAAGUGAAGUCCUGAGCAGGAUGACUGAUGAAUUAUUUCCGAAUGUUAAAUGUAGACAAUAUCCUUAUUGUUUGGUUCUAACUGGUGCCUUCAUGAUAUACUGAGUAUUAAAAGAGCCUUGCAGGAUAAAGGUAAAAUACAA